AUGUUCUGGUCCCUUUUCUUCCUUCCGCUACUUGCCUUAGCGGCCGACAUCACCCCUAUCGUUACGAAAGGUAACGCUUUCUACAAAGAGGGUACUGAUGAGAGAUUCUACAUCAUGGGUAUUGCCUACCAGCCCGGUGCAACCUCCGACCUUUUCGACCCGCUCUCUUCUCCCGAAACAUGCAAGAGAGACAUUAAACACUUCAAGGAUCUUGGUGUCAACACCGUUAGAGUGUAUUCCAUAGACAACACCGGCGACCACGACGAGUGCAUGGAGGCCCUUGCAGAGGCCGGCAUUUACUUGAUUUUGGAUACCAACAUCCCAAAGGCUUCCAUCGCUAGAGAUGAUGGUGCUAACUGUUCUUACAACACCAUGUACCUUAACGAGGUUUUUGCAACCGUUAAGUUGAUGAGUAAGUACAACAACACCUUGGGUUUCUUUGCCGCCAACGAGGUUAUUGAUGACACAAAGACCACCCCAGCCGCUGCUCAGGUCAAGGCUGUUGUUCGUGACAUCAAGACUUUCCAGAGAGCUACCGGUCUUCGUCACAUUCCAGUUGGUUACUCCGCUGCUGAUGUCAGCUCCAACCGUCGUCAGUCCGUGGAGUACUUCAACUGUAACGAUGACGACUUGGCUCGUGUUGACAUGUUUGGAUACAACGACUACUCCUGGUGUGGUGACUCUUCUUUCUCCCGCUCUGGCUACGACAAGAAGGUCGAGGAGUACAGCAACUACUCGGUGCCAUUGUUCCUUUCGGAAUUCGGUUGUAAUGAAGUGACUCCACGUAAAUUCACUGAGGUUGGUGCCAUCUUCUCUGACAAGAUGUCUCCUGUUUUCUCCGGUGGUAUCGCUUACGAGUACACUGAAGAGGAGAACGAGUAUGGUUUGGUCGAGCUCAGCAACGACAACAGCACUGUUUCUAAGAAGGACGACUUUGACUACCUCAAGUCCCAGUUCGCCUCCGUCACUUUGCCAACUGGUGAUGGCGGUGCUCGUACUGACUUGGAUCCAACCACUUGUCCUACUGUCGACAGUGACUGGGAGGCCAGCACGGAUAUCCCUGAUACUCCAAAGGGUGCCUUGAAGUACUUCCAUGGUGCUGAGCCAUCUGGUAAUGGUUUCGAUGCCAACACCCAGUGGGCUUGUGUCGAUGGCGACAACGACAUUGAUGACUCCAGCGACUACAGUGGUGCUUCUGGUUCCUUCACCCCAAGCGCCCGCUCCUCUUCCACCGGUGGCUCCAGCUCUAACUCCAACUCCAACUCGGACUCCACCACCACCAGAAACGUUGCUAACAACAUCGGCGCCAUCUCCGGUUUCGCCUCAUUGAGUGCUUUCAUCUUCGCUCUUAUUGUCUAA